UUUAAUGUUAUUAAUUGUUUAAUAAAAUGUACGAAUGUUUUAAGAGUGAUUAUCGAUGAUUUUAUGCAUAAAAAGGGCUACCAGAGGGCCCCAUAAUAAGAUCUUUUGUUGUUUGACAUGUCUUUAGAAGAUCCAUUUUUUGUAGUUAAAGACGAAGUCUUCAAAGCCCUAAACAAGACUCGAGGUCUUUAUUUACGUUGGCUCGAGUUGGGAGAUGCUUCCAGUAGUCUCGGAAGUGCUGAGGCAGAAUGGACCACCACUGAACUGAGGAAUGCCCUAAGAAGUAUCGAGUGGGAUCUUGAAGAUCUAGAGGACACUAUUAGUAUUGUAGAGAAAAAUCCUUCAAAGUUUAAAAUUGACAAUAGAGAAUUAUCUAGUCGAAGGAACUUCAUAGACAGCACUCGACAUGAAGUCAAAUCGAUGAAAGAUAAAAUGAGUUUUAAUCGAUCCAGUAGGACACCUUUAUUAGAAAACUCCUCAACCUCAAUAAUCAUGAACAACUCAAGUUCCCAGCAACCUCGACACAGUUCGACAAAAUACUCAAAACUAGAAAACAACAUCGAUGACAUGAGCCCCAGACAUUAUGCCUCUCGAAAUGGCAAUGGUGGCUUUCUCGAUAGCCCCUCUCACAGCAUUGUUGGUGAGAAUGUGUCCUUACAACAAAGGAUGAUCAGAGGUCAGGAUGAACAAUUAGAUGUACUGUCGGAUUCUAUAGGAACUUUAAAGACUGUGUCGAGACAGAUUGGGGCGGAAUUGGAUGAACAAGCAGUGAUGCUCGAUGACUUUGGACAUGAAAUUGAAGGGACCGAAUCCAAAUUAGAUUCAACAAUGAAGAAAAUAGCCACUGCAAUGCAUUUAUCAAAUGAUAAGCGACAGUGGAUAGCGAUAGGAGUUCUGUCUGUAAUUCUGUUGAUUGUGAUAAUUUUAUUCUUGGUGUGAAUACAAGGUUUGUGAGUUAAUUUAUUAUUAUUGACAUUCAAAUACAAGUACUGAAGGCUACUUUUUAAUAACCAAACUACAAAAAAUACU